UGCGUGACAUGUGUACAUUUGAAAUUAUGCUGGCAUGACAUUUCAUAAUAUUUUUGAAUUUACAAAUCUUACUUUUGUUAAUUUGAAUGUACCGACUGUUUUUCAAGUUUGAAUUAUUUUAUCAUAAAUCUAAAUGACAAAGUUAUUUUUGUUUAUCCUGUUUUUGAAUGCAUUCCUAAUAUUUGGUUUAGCUAUAGAACCUAAAACCCUAGUGGUUGAGGAAAGACAACACCAUGAUAUGAGCGUUGAGAAUAAAACUACUAAACCCCAUUCUGAUAAAUCCGAGAAUGUGCCCGUACAAGGGGAAAACAAGGACCAUCAUUUUCAAGGCAAACCAAAGAUCAAAUCGCAAAUUAUUCAGCAAGCAACUCCAGUGAAUCAGUUACGUUUGAAAGAAAAUGUGUCUUCUGAACACAAUGAAACUAUUGCUAAAGAUUCAAACAAACUAAUACCUUCCUAUAACGGCCCUUCUACAAUGGAAAAAGAAUCAGAAAUUGUAACAAAAGGUUCAAUGGUAUUAAUUUCAGUUUCCCUUUUAUUUAUAGUGUUUGUUGCAUUCAAAACAUAUAGAAGAAAAAGUAGAAGUGCAAGAAUAAAAAAGUACGGAAUAAGAUUAGCAAGAGGAAACAUUGAAAUGACACCUUUGCCAUUGGAUAAUGAUGAUGAUGAUGAAACAAUUUUUGAUUUGAAAAAUGUACCAACAUAAAAGUAAAUCAAUGUGAGAUUACCAGAGUAAAUAUAUUUAAUAUAACUUUGUGCCCUGAGAUUGUUUAUACAAAUGCUUGUUUGAUGCUUCUAAUGGGAAAUUGAGAAAAAAAUUGUAUCUAAUUAUAACCUACCUAUUAAUUUUCAGUUACUUAAUAUUUCUAAAUAUUUAAGGAGACAGGAGAAUAAUUUAAUAUUCUUGAUAAGAACAAAAUUUUCAAAUUGUAAGAGGUUGUUUAUUUCAGUAAUUAGCUCUCUUUUUGUAUUAGAAGAUUCUUAUAUUGUUUGUUAGUUUGUUAUGAGAAUGUUGAGAAAAUAAUGAUUUGAAAUAUCAGUCUAGUCCCAAAAAUACCCACUUAGGAUAUAAGUAUUUUUUGAGAGAUUGUUUUUUUUGGAACUAAUUAGAAAUAUUUAUUAAUAUAAAUGAGUAUAAUAAAAAAAACUUAAUAUUUCUUUGAUCUGAAUGUAUUUUGACAAUAUGAUGAAUUGAAGUUAAGAUCAAAAUGUUUCAUAUUCAUCUAUUUUUUAUAAAAGGGAUCAUAAUAUGUAUGUUUGGAGUAUUUUAUGAAGAUAAAGAAAUUGUUUUGUAUUGUUUUCA